GACAAUUUGAAAAGAGAGACCAUUCUAAGCAGUCUGGUUUGUUAGUUUUAAUAGGUUGGUGAUCAUGUACGUUUUCGAAGACACGUUAAGUUCCUUAAAUUUAAUGUUCUUUGCUUCAGGCAUCCCACCAUGCAACGAGUUUUACCCUGAAACAAUUCGAAUGAUUUUCAAGGAAAAUAAGUUCUUUUUGAUUGCAUUUUCACUGCUACUUUACACCCAGCUGGGGGAAAUCGUGUACUUGGCGCAGAUGGUUCAGCGAGAAUGUUCGUUUCUUGAGCUCACGUUUCAGGCUCCAUGCGUGGGUUACUGCAGCAUCGGUUUGCUGAAGAUGGUCGUAAUUGCAGUUAAAAGAAAUGUCAUUGCAGAGUUGGUGCAAAAUUUACGGGAUGUUUGGGAUCAAUCGAUCAUUACAGUGGAACAUAGGGAAAUUUGCAAAAACGUUAUGAAACCUGCUAUUUCCAUCACUUCUCUAACUGCUGUUGUAAAUGUUAUAAUGGGAAUAUCGUUCACUAUUUUGCCGAUUGCGGAAAUGAUUUAUCAUUACGCAUUAGCAGGUGGUUGGGUGCGCCAGUUACCAUUCCUCAUUUGCUGGCCGUUUGAUCCGCUUAGUGGAAAUAAAUAUUUUCUAGUAUAUCCGUUAUACAUUGUUAUUGGAUUUUCAGGAAUAAUAAUUCAUAUGGCAUUUGACUGCUUAUUUUGCAUUUUGACUGCGCAUAUUUGUAUGAACUUUAGGAUACUAGAGCAUGACUUUGAAAAUAUAAAAUCAGCAAGUGACAUCAACGAAACAUCUGAAUCGAUUACAAAAUGCUUAAUACACGUAGAAAAACACCAACGUUUGCACAAGUAUAAAGAAGCAGUAGAUGGAAUAUUCAGUUUUACACUGUGUUAUAACUUUUUUGUCAGCUCUAUUAUUAUUUGUAUUCAAGGAUUUAUGAUAACAGCUGCUUCCGGCUACACGUUGAUUAAGUUCGCCCUAUUUCUUGCAUCCUUUUUAGUCGAGCUUUUCUUGCUGUGCUUUUACGGACAGGAUGUCUCAGAAAGUAGCUCCCAAGUGGCUCAAGCAGCUUAUAAUUGUAGCUGGUACAAUGAGAGCAAGAAAUUUCGCCAAUUGAUUCUUCAAAUCAUCAUGAAAGCUCAACGUCCACUUGUCCUGAUGGCAUGGAAGUUUUGGCCCGUUAACAUAAUGACAUUUAGUAGUAUUCUAAGUGCAUCAUGGUCCUAUUUCACACUGCUUCGCACAGUUUACUAUAAAUAAAACAGUCACAAAAUGGUAAAAAUAAGACAAAAAAUUAAAUUCAAAUAAAACUUAUUCAUUCGGUUAUGCGUAAUUAAACCAAAAUUGCAAUAAAUAACGAUUUCAUCAAAUGAUUGGCGUUGUUCACAGUGGCAUCACGUGAACUUGUUAGCACCUACGGUGCCAAAGCAAUUACGAAAUUCAAAUGAAGACAUUAUCGUAGCAACGAAUUAAUACAACUAUAAAUCAUAUCUCGCUGAACGUCUCGUUAGAAAACCCGCUUCACUUAGUUUCAGUAAUCCCGGCGAAUCACCAUUUUAACAGAGUAACAUUCCUAGGUUGAUGGAGUGGGGCGGUACCCACAUAUCAGGGAGUUUAAUCGCUAAGCUCCUCCUACAAAUGUGUAAAAAGUGACAACAUCAUUCAUGGUUAAAACAAGGUGCAACUUUUGUGAUUUUAUUUUAAUUUAAACUCAAAAGAUUCUGUAACUCAACAAAAUGGGAUGUCCGUUUUCAUCCCAGGUUUAAAGUAUUUCAAGCAUGUAUAGUUUUUAACUUACAAUAAAACGACAUUCACGAGCAUGCCCUAGGCAAAGGGGCAAUAAAACCCCUGUCGGAUGUGGCUACUGCAGAAUAAUUUACGAUCACCCCACUUCAACGGUCGCCCCAGGUUGGCAGGUCGCAGUUGCACAUUCAAUUGAAUUUUGUUUUUUCAAUAAAAUCUAAUAAUCUAAUUAGAA